ACCGCAAACCCUCGUCCUCCUAAUUACCAUAUCUCCGCCAUAUAAAUAACCUACCAUCACCGAAACCCUAAAACCUUCAAUCCCAAAAUCACCAAUAUAGAGAGAUUUCGCCUCUUCUCUCCAUCCACAAAAUGCAGAUCUUCGUGAAAACCCUAACAGGGAAAACCAUAACCCUAGAGGUUGAAUCCUCUGACACCAUCGACAAUGUCAAGACCAAGAUCCAAGACAAGGAAGGAAUUCCACCAGACCAACAACGUCUCAUUUUCGCCGGAAAACAACUUGAAGAUGGCCGUACUCUAGCCGAUUACAACAUCCAGAAGGAAUCGACUCUUCAUUUGGUGCUUCGAUUGAGGGGUGGUGCGAAGAAGAGAAAGAAGAAGACUUACACUAAGCCAAAGAAGAUCAAGCACAAGCAUAGAAAGGUAAAGCUUGCUGUUCUUCAAUUUUAUAAGGUUGAUGAUUCUGGCAAGGUCCAGCGUUUGAGGAAGGAAUGCCCUAAUGGUGAGUGUGGUGCUGGUACUUUCAUGGCUAAUCAUUUUGAUCGUCAUUAUUGUGGUAAGUGCGGUCUUACCUAUGUUUACCAGAAGGCUGGCGGUGAUUAAUUCAUCAUGGUUUGAUUGAGGGAUUGUUCUUGUUUCUGUCUUUACUCUGCAUCAGAGUAUCUUAGCUAGCUUUAUGAAUUGAGAAAAGUUAGACUUAAAUUAUUACUCUGUUUUUGGUUUUGCUACUGUUGGAUCUAUAAUUUUGAAUGCUUGUCAUAAUAGUUUAAUCGCUCUCGUUUUCCUUGA